GCAUUUUGGACGCAGUUGCGGAGCUGUUAAUUUUCGAGGUGGAUGCGUUUGGCAUCGAUUGUGCACCUGAGAAUCGUACAAUUCGAAAAUUGGUCGCAAGUACGCUGACAAAUUUGACAUUUGGCAAUUCGCAAAGUAAACGUCGUCUGUGCUCACAUCCAAAUCUCAUCGAAUAUGUGAUCCGGAUCAUUGAUGAUUCACAUACGCUUGCUCAGAAUCGUACAAUUCGAAAAUUGGUCGCAAGUACGCUGACAAAUUUGACGUUUGGCAAUUCGCAAAGUAAACGUCGUCUGUGUUCGCAUCCAAAUCUCAUCGAAUAUGUGAUCCGGAUCAUUGAUGAUUCACACACGCUUGCUCAGGUGUACGCUGGCUUACUGCGUAAUUUAUCCUGGAUGGCAGAUGCUGAGAUGAGCGCAAUCCUUGCACCAUCGGUGUCAGCGCUUGCGCGUGCAUCAUUACGUGCUUAUCGUGUUGCCGAGUCGAAAUCGCUUGCGCGUGCAUCAUUACGUGCUUAUCGUGUUGCCGAGUCGAAAUGUUUAUGCGCUACACUUUCUGCUCUGUGGAAUUUGGCCUCGCAUUCACGGGACAAUAAAAAAGCAAUCUGUGAAGAACCGGGUUUUUUGGAAAUGCUCAUUGAACUGCUCACAAGCGAUGCUCAGCAAACGGUGCUAGUUGAGCCGGCUUCGGGCGUGCUGAAAUAUGCGUCAAUGUAUUUGGCUGUAGUUGGUUCGGAUCGUUACUUGUCGUCCAGUGCUCUUCGCCUAUUGAUCCAUCGUCUGGUCGAAUUGCUUAACAGCCCCUCAUUCACAAUAAUUGGCAACGUGCUGGGAGUGUUCUCGCAACUGCUAGCAAAGGAUCACCAGCUACGUUCACUUGUUCUGUUAGUUCAUUUUCAAAUAAUUAUUUAG